AUGGACUUGAAGAGGGUUUUGGAAGUGGAGGAGGAGGUGGUCGACGGCGACGAAGACGAGCUCGCCUGCCCGGAUGCCAAGCGCCGGCGAACGUUCAUCAAUAAUAGCUCGAUGCAGGAGGCCAUUGGCGCGCAGUACAUGCAGAGGCAUCUGCCCAAGCUGGAGCCAUUUCUGCGGAGAGUUGUGCAGGAAGAGGUGCAGAAUGUUCUUAUCCGGCACAUUGAUUCUGCACACAGGCUUCCUCUUCAGUUAAAAACAACUAGUAAACGAUACAAGUUGCAGUUCCAGGGAAACCUGCCUCUGACCCUCUUCACAGGCAACAGAGUGGAAGUGGAGAACAAGCAGCCUCUCCGAAUCGUUCUCACUGACGCUGUCAGUAACCAGACGAUCACCUCCGGUCCGCUGUCCUCCAUGAAGGUUGAGCUUCUCGUCCUUGAUGGUGAUUUUAAUGCUGAUGAGCGCUUGGAGUACACUGAGAAGGAGUUCAGCGAGAGCAUAGUAUUUGAAAGGGAAGGCAAGAGGCCACUGUUAUCCGGUGAGGUGAUCAUUGUUCUUGAGAAAGGUGUUGCUUCCAUCCGGGACAUUUCUUUCACGGACAACUCUAGUUGGAUAAGAAGCAGGAAGUUCAGACUUGGCGCGAGGAUAUCUCGGGCCAGUUCCAUCGAAGAAAGAGUGCAGGAAGCAGUGAGCAAUCCUUUUCUCGUGAAGGAUCACCGUGGUGAAGUUUACAAGAAGCACCAUCCUCCUGCAUUAGCUGACGACGUGUGGCGUUUGGAGAAAAUUGGAAAAGAUGGCGUUUUCCACAAGAAGCUUGCAGACUUUGGAAUUCACACUGUUCAAGACUUCCUCCGGAAUUUGGUGAUGGAUCAAUAUGGACUUCGCAGUUUACUUGGCAGUGGAAUGUCAAACAAGAUGUGGGAAGCAACCGUUGAGCAUGCACGGGAGUGCGUUCUGGACGACAAGCUUUACUCCUACUGCAGCGGGCAUGGGAUAAUCCUUCUCUUCAACUGCAUCCAUGAGGUUGUCGGUGUGAUAGUUGGGAGUCACUGCUUCACCUUGAAUGCCCUCACUCCAACACAGAAGGCUUUGGUGGUGAAGUUGCAACAAGACGCCUACAAGUUCCCAGAUCGCAUAGUGGAAUUCAAGGUGCAGUCCCAGUGUAGCAGCCAGUCAUCACCAACCACUACCCAGUCCCAGACACAAGUUCAGAUACCAGGUUCAGAGAACGCACAGAUUAUGAACCUUCCUCAAGGUGAGCCGAACUCACAGGAUGUCUUGCUGAAUCCGCUUCAGUACCAGCCACUCAACGAGGCACUGGAAGACGUCCUUCAGACGGCCAGCGGCAGCCACCACCACCACCACCAGGGUAGUAGCAGCAGCGAACUGCCAUGGACGGCGUCGUUCGGAGCUGGCGGCGGCUUCGACGUAAGGGACCCUUUUGACGUGCAGUUCAGCGGCUCCCAGCAGUGCGGGCUGCUGCUCUCCAGCAGCGGCGCCAGGUUGUGA